AUGCCCGCACCGCUAAAGGAACGCAAGGCCGCUACGGACCCUACCAAGAUCUUCCACUACACAGACUUGCAGCGCAAGAAGCCUACCCGCGAGAAUGAUCCUUACUCCUACAUGCAUGGGUGGAACAACAGACACCAGUCCGAGGUCAUCCCUGGAACCCUGCCAGUAGCUCAGAACAACCCGCAGGAAGUCCGUUUCGGUCUCUACACUGAAGGCAUCACCUACAGUGCAUUCGCCGCUCCGCGUGCCCACAACUACAGCACUUAUAUGUACCGUGUGAGGCCCGCAGCAGCCCACAAUGGCUACAAGAAGAUCGUGUCCAGAGCCCACAUACAGAACUGCUUCCUAUCUCUCAACCCCGAGGUCGAGACCCUACCCGAACAAGCAGAAUGGGGACCCUUCCCUCUACCCGAGGACUCGGAAAAGAUAGAUUUUGUCGAUGGACUGCACACUCUGGGUGGCUCUGGUGAUCCCAACUUGAGAGAGGGCAUGGCUCUGUACGUCUAUGCCAUCAAUGCAUCCAUGGACAAGCGAGCAUUCUGCAACACCGAUGGUGACUUCCUCAUCUGCGCUCAACAGGGAAACUUGGAUAUACAGACUGAAUUUGGAAUGAUGUUCCUGCAGCCUGGAGAGAUUUGCGUCAUCCAGAGGGGUGUGAGAUUCAGAGUUGCUCUUGGACCUGGAGUGCAAAAGGCUAGAGGAUACAUCACAGAAAUCUGGGGGAGCAUGUGGGAAUUGCCUGACUUGGGUCCUUUGGGUGGUCACUCACUUGCGAACCCCCGCGACUUCUUGUAUCCGGUCGCUCAUAUCGAUGAGGAUCUGAGCGGAGACUGGGAGGUUGUCAACAAGAACAACGGAAAGUACAACUGCCUGGAGCAGGACCACAGUCCGUUCGACUUGGUUGCAUGGCAUGGAAAUGUCGUUCCUUACAAGUAUGACCUUACCAAGUUCGCUUCCCAGAACGCUACCAGCGUUGACCACACCGAUCCCUCCGUCAACACCGUCCUGACCGCUAAGUCCCGCGACCCCAACGCCCCUCUCGCCGAUUUCCUCUGGUUCGGCCCAAGAUGGGAUGUAGCAUCAAACACCUUCCGCCUUCCCUACUUCCACAGAAACUCGGCCUCUGAAUUCUUGGCUUGCCUUUACGGCGAAGGUCUCGGAAGAAGCGACGACUUCCAACCCGGUGGCGGCAGUUUCGAGGGUGGCCACACACCACACGGUGGAUUUUCAGACGCCUAUGUGGAUGAGAUGCGCAUCCAGGAAAGCGAGCCAAGAAAGAUUCUGGAGAACCAGAUGACCAUAAUGGUGGAGAGUUCGAGGACUUUCUUGUGGACGGAAUAUGCGAGGGUGGGUUGCGGUACCAUCAACACUCGUGGUACGGAUCCCAAGGUUUGGGACACAUUGCCUGAUCGCUUCUCGAACAACCUAGAGGCCAAGGCAUUGAUGAAGAGGGUCAAGGAGGAUAAGAAGUUAAUGGAAGAGAGGAGCAAGGUCUACUAUGAUGAUGCAGCGCUAGAGGAGUUGUUGCAAGGCAAGACGAACGGACAAUGA